GCUCACGUAUUGCUAUCUAUAUUUCCGGAAUAUUAUAAUUGUCUAAAUCCUUUACGUCGAUUUCUGUGAAACUAACAACAUGAGCUCGUUAAAGCUUCAAAAAAAGCUUGCCGCAUCUGUUAUGAGAUGUGGUAAGAAGAAGGUUUGGUUGGAUCCUAAUGAAAUAAAUGAAAUUGCAAAUACGAAUUCACGGCAAAAUAUUCGUAAAUUAAUCAAAGAUGGGUUAAUUAUAAAGAAGCCUGUUGUUGUACAUUCACGUUACCGAGUACGAAAAAAUACUGAAGCCAGACGCAAAGGACGUCACUGUGGUUUUGGUAAAAGAAAAGGUACUGCUAAUGCAAGAAUGCCAACAAAGUAUUUGUGGAUGCAAAGAAUGAGAGUACUUCGUAGACUCUUAAAAAAAUAUCGGGACAACAAAAAAAUUGAUCGUCAUUUGUACCAUCAUUUGUAUAUGAAAUGCAAAGGUAACGUCUUCAAAAACAAAAGAGUUUUAAUGGAAUACAUUCAUAAAAAGAAAGCUGAAAAACAACGUACGAAAAUGUUAUCAGAUCAAGCUGAAGCUAGAAGACAAAAGGUACGUGAGGCACGCAAACGUCGUCAAGAAAGAAUUGCUAAUAAAAAACAAGAAAUAUUAGAGUCACAAGCAAAGGAAGAUCAAUUAGCUGCUCAAGCUACAACAGGUCCUGUAAAAAAGUAAAAUGUCAAUAAAAACAAUUUAACUUAAAGAAAUGAAUAUUGUUUUUAAAUGUAAGAUUUGUUUUUAAUAUUUAUCUUGAUAAGUUAACUUUGCCGCGUUUAAUUUUUGAAUAUUCUUUUCUACAAUAAACAGUUUUUGAUA